CUUGUCGUCCUGCCCAAGCCAUCCUCUACAUGUCCGGGCUUCGGCAACCAACUGAACUUAUCAUUUACAAGGACGCUAACCUGAUGAAACGUGCACCAACCUCUUAGUAUCAUGUGUGAAAUUCACAACCUUCUCUGUCAAGGCGACUCCACUCGAUUCAGCUUCGAGCAAUUUUUUUUUAUCCCUUGACGUCACUCACAAAAUAGGGAUGUGAUUGAUGGUUGGUUGGUAAACGCGAAGUAUAUAAGAGGCGGUCAACAAUUCACAAAAAAAAACCCAUUAACAUCCACUUCAGCUCUUUCAUACCUUUCAUACCUUGAUACCCACACCUUGAUAUCCGCCCUCCUCACCAUCACAAUCUUCAUGUCUUCUCACACAUUCUACGCCGACGCUGUCCUGUUCGACAUGGAUGGCACCCUCACAGACUCUAUUUCAGCCGUUGAGGCAGCUUGGGGCAAAGUCGCCAAAGACAUUGGCCAAGACCCCGCUUAUGUUAUUGCUGCAACCCACGGCAAACGCGCCGUAGACAACCUCGCGCAAUUUAAGCCCCAUAUCAAGGCACAUGAGAUGGACGACGAAGUGCAAAAUUUCGAAGAAAGCAUUCUCUUCUUCGCCGAUGCCUACAACUUGCACGGUCCUGGCUCGCAGCUCUGCUCACCUGCGACCUCCCCGUUAUUGAAUUCCCCUCUCAGCUCCGGUUACGCGACCCCUGAUCUUUCCAUAUCGCCAGGCAGCUCCGCGCCUUCUUCCCGUGCAUCUUCAUUUGUCUCUCCUCGCCGACCAUCAUUCGCCAGCAAGCUAAAUAGCAUGCUGACUAUGUCAGUCGUUCCCGAAGCUUCUGUCUACGGUCAGGGUCCUCAAUUUGAGGACUCUAUCAUGGAGGAAGACCAACAGGACGUGAUCAUGUUCGAGGCGAAUCAGAAGAAACACGUCCUUGAGGCUUGGCAACAGGAAGCAGCAGGUGUUGAUCGCUCAGUGCGGAUUUUGCCCGGUGUGAAGAGAAUGAUGAGUUCCAUUCCUGAAGGCCGUUAUGCCGUUGCUACUUCGGGCGCAAAAACAUAUGCAUAUGGUUGCAUGACUCGUGUUGGCAUUACUCCGCCCAAGAUAACUAUUACCGCAGACGACAAGCGUCUCAAGGCCGGCAAGCCCGCCCCAGACCCAUUCCUCCUCGCUGCCAGCGAACUCGGUUUUUCUGCGAAAAACUGCGUCGUGUUCGAGGACUCCCCAAGCGGGAUCCGCGCAGGUGUGGCUAGUGGUGCCACAGUAAUUGCAGUGUGCACCAGCCACGAGAGGAAACAGAUUGAGCACGCCGGCGCCCACUUUUUGGUGGAAAACAUGGAAAAAGUGAAAUGCGAGCCAUGUGCUGACGGCAGGCUCAAGUUCACCGUGCAGCUAUGAUUUGUGCCUCGAGUGGUUCCCCUCCUAUCUUGACUUUCCUUGGCCGCGCUACUACCUUUAUUGACACCUCCCCUUUCUAUUUCCCAUCUGUACGAUACGAUUCUUGUUCAGAUCUGCACUCGACUUCGAGAUGCCGUGUACACAUAUAUAGAGUACCGGACUGCUCUUGUAAUUUCGAAUACAAUGUUCAAUCUAGCGGUGCCGCGCGCCUGACUACGGUUAUUCGGGG